UUAAUUAUCAUUGAACAUUCAACAUUUGUAGUAAUAAAAACAUUACAUGCGGUGGUGUUGUCUCUGUCUAUCACUCUAUCUUGCUUGCCUGAAUCUUGAGUCUUUGACUUUAUCAUUUUACUUCUUUUCCCCCUUGUACAAGACUACAAGUCCUCAAUUAUUUAACAUACCACCUAAAUCUUUUUACUAUUUUUUUCAUCAUACUAUUAAUAAUUAUCUUUACUAUCCAUGAACCGCCCAUUAUCCUCGAAAUUAUUUAUUCAAUCCGGUCAUUUUGCUGUAAUUAUUUUGCUCUCUUGAUUUUCUUUGCACCCCCAUUUGUUCUUUGUGCAAGAAGAUGAAGUGGGUAUCUACUAAAAGUGAAGGGAAAAUGUUAUUCAAGUCUAAAUUGAAGUGGGUUGCUUUAGCUGGGCUAGUUCUAUCCGCUCUUUCUCUUUUCACACACUUUCUUUUAGCUAAACAAACUUAUGGAAUUAUUUCUGAGUACCAUUCUUCUGUUACAAUCAUCUCUUGGAGACCUAAAUUCAAGAAAUCAGAUCUCUCCACUAAUAAUCCAUCUAACAGAAGGCUGUGGGCCCCAGUUAGGCGUCUUGAGUCUUUGCAUCCUCAUGCAAAUCCAAGUGGAGAUUAUGCAGCUCCUGAAAUUCAAUCAACUGGAUUCAUCUUUGUCAAGAUACGUGGGGGUUUCCAUGAGAUUAGGAAUGCGAUUUCUGAUGUUGUUGCUGUUUCGAGGCUCCUCAACGCUACCCUGGUCAUUCCAGAGAUCCAAUCAACCACAAGCAGCAAAGGAAUAAGCACUCAGUUCAAGAGUUUUCCCUACCUGUAUAAUGAGGAUCAAUUCAUAGCAGCAUUAGCAAAGGAUGUCAAAAUCGUAAAAACCCUUCCAAAAAAUCUGAAAGGAGCGAGGAGGAAAAAAGAAAUCCCUUCAUUUAAAGUUCCUCAUGGGGCAUCUCCAUAUUAUUACCUGCACCACGUUCUCCCUAUGUUGACUAAGCACUCUGUGGUUGAGCUUCUUGUUUCUAGUGGUGGAUGCUUGCAGUCUAUUCUGCCCCCACAUCUUGUUGAGUAUCAAAAGCUGAGAUGCAGGGUUGCUUUUCAUGCCUUACGGUUCAGAGAGGAGGUCCAAAAUCUCGCUAUGAUAAUCUUGAAUAGACUAAGAGCUUCAGGACGACCAUUUAUUGCCUAUGAUCCCGGGAUGACUAGAGAUGCUUUGGCAUAUUAUGGCUGUGAAGAACUUUUUCAGGAUGUACAUACUGAACUCAUCAUGCACAGGCGUGCAUGGAUGAUUAAACGUAGACUUCUGAAGGGGAAUCUUUCUUCGGAUUCAGCAGAAAACUAUCGUAAUGGCUUGUGUCCACUCAUGCCUGAAGAGAUUGGUAUUCUCCUUCGAGCAUAUGGUUACUCAUCGGACACUAUCAUUUAUAUAUCUGGUGGUGAGGUCUUUGGUGGGUUGAAAAAGUUAAUUCCACUGCAUGCUAUGUUCGAGAAUGUUGUUGAUAGGACGUCCUUAAGCUCAACAAUGGAGUGGGAUAAAGUAUAUGGCCGGGAGACAAACCUUGUUGACGAAUAUUCAAUGACUCCACCUUCGGCUAACCUAGACAUGAGAUCGAAGUCAUGGAAGACUUCUGGUCCACGUCCUCGUCCACUACCACCGCCCCCUGCACGACCGAAGAUGUACAAUGUUGAAGGUUGGUGGGGUUGGGUAGCUGAGAGCGAUAACGAGCCAGAAAGUACUAUUGUGGAGUUGAGAACUAAUGCUCAUCGAUUACUGUGGGAAGCAAUUGACUAUAUGGUUUCCAUAGAAGCAGAUGCAUUCAUCACCGGAUUUGACCGUGAUGGUAAAGGAAACCCAAAUCUUGCUAGUUUGGUCGCGGGACAUAGAUUUUAUCAAUCUCCUGCAUCUAGAACUUAUGGUCUGGACAGGAAGGAAAUUGCUAAACUUUUUGAAGAGAUUCGUGAAAGUCUGUAUCAACCCAACCGUACCUGGAUAACAUCACUGCACAAGCAAUUAAGAAGAAGUUUAAUGGAUGGAUUGUUGGAAGAAUCCAAGAAAUCCAAACCACUGUCUUUUCUUUCAUUUCCAGUUCCUGAAUGUUCUUGCAUGGUGGAUGAUUCUACCAAGAGUCCAGUCAAUGCUUCAAGUGGUCCUUUGCCACAUUCUGAAAUUCCUGUUUUUCUUGGACAAGUAGAUCCAUGCCCUGCUUGGAUGAAUGGCGCCACUUCUUCUCAGUCGAGGGAAGAAACUGAAGAGGACAACGAGAAAGAUGAUUCCACCUCUUUAGGGCUGUUCUUUGGGCUGAGUAAUGGUAAUCAAGAAGGUGAAAUUGGAGACGCGAGCAACAAAGAAGAAGCUCUAGUGGAGGAUCAAGAAGAGCUUGAAGGGGGUGAAAGAUGAGAGUAGAGAAUUAAGUUAUCAGAAAAGGAAACUGCAUCGGAUUCUUUUUAACAAUACAUGCAGAAUAGGGAAGCUCGUACGACUUGAGGUAAGCUUAGCUAGACAAAAAGAUGCUGCAACUGACAUAACUGAUUGUUGGAAAUCCAAUUUUGGUGGAGGGAUAGUUGUAGUUUAGGAUGGCACUUGAUGUCUGAUCAGGUGGCUAAAAAAUGGCUGCAUAUGGUGUAAAGUAUUUCACAAUUGCUUAGAGCUAGUUAAGGGAGAGUUUAAGCUCUAUGUGAAGAAUAUUUACGCUAUCACGUCAUUCAAUGUUACAGUAGGAGAAAAAAAAGUGAACUGAUAUAUGCCCUGAAACACAGCCACAAUUGAGAUGAAGUCUUGUAUGACUCAGAAGUUGCAACUGAUCUGAUGCUUAUUAUUUACUCCAGAAUAGUUAGUACUAACUGGAUGCGCACUUGUGCUGCCUUGAUUAUAAGUAAUUCUUGACCUAAUCUAGAAUAGAAUGAGAAUAAAGAUUGUAAUAAGCUUUUAUUCGUGAUGCUCUUUUUGUAUGACUUUUUAAAAGGUCAUAUAUCUUGGGACUUAUUAGCA